ACCGAGGGUCAGAUGGACUUGCUAUACAUGCGGUACACACAGUGGCUGUAUUUGUACACCAAGGCCAAGAAGUCACGCGAAGAACAGGAGAAACGGGAAAUGGCCCAGUUAAACAGUCUACAUGAGGAAGUUGAAAAACUCCGCAAGAAAAAACAUGAUUUGGAUAUCCGACUUGCGCGCCAGAAACACCUGAAUUUGGUGGACGAUCAAGUGGAUCAACAGCGCCAGUUACUAGGACCAAUUGUUGCCAAUUUACCCAAGUUGUCUAGGGAGUAUGAGAGUUUAGCCCAUGCUCUGGACACCACCCGUCACCAGAUUGCUACCCAAGGUGUUUAUCUGCCUGAUGAUGAAGAACAACUCCAAAGAAAAUUAGAAAAGGAACUGUCAACAAGUGAACAAUUGCUGGGAGAGUUAUCAGUGAUGAUCAGACAACCAGUGACUACAGUAACAGCAAUGUCUAAGGCUCUGGGCGCCAUGGAGAAAGCUGUGGACGCUCAAACUCACGAACUCCGACAAUGUACAGAAAUGAUUUCAGCAACGCAAAGCCUGACAAUACAAGAGACCUCACUACGGAUACAAGAAAUGCAGGCCUAAUGAUACAGCAGUUUUCUUUUGAUAUUCCGGUCAAAAAGACGACUCUAUUGCAAUUUUAUAAACUGUUGCAACAUAAUGCAACAAAAAGUAUGCAAUCCAUUUGUUGCCUUUAAAUAUUUCUUUGUUUAAGUCAUAAUUGAAUUUUGAGAAAUUUGGAUGAAAUAUGACAUAUUAAAGAAAUAAGUUAAAAUUGUUUAUGUUAGAGGAUUCUGGAAAAUGAUAUGAUAUCUUUAUUUCA